AUGUCCUCUUCUUACGUCAAGUGCCUUGUGUUGAUUCACACGACAGACUCCCUGGAGGACCGUUAUGAUAUCAUUCGUGCUAAUGCCAGCAUAGCCCUUGUCCGGCAUCGCAAGAACAGCACAGUCGCAGUGUCGCGCUCGACUCGACUAGGCAAUCUAAAUCUCCUCCACCACAUUUCCCAUCCUAAUAUUGCUACAAUCCAUGCCAUAUUUCUAAACGAGAAGAAGAGUUACGUCAUUUACGAACAUCUCGAAGUAGACUUAGCGAGCCUUUUCCUUACGACAGAAGUUCAACUAGCGUCCGCCUUAUCCCAGCUGCUCGAUGGUACUCAACAUCUAAUCGCCAACGGCGUCCCGUUCUCUGCAGACAGCGUCCAAGUCUCCCUGUCAGGAAUCGUGAAAAUAGUGUUGAACAUCGGCUUUCGACCUUGUGACAACUUCGUGGUUGAUCAGCACUACUGGGCCACUGUCUGUACUGAUAAAGUAAAUCUGGAAAGGCGUCCCCUCAUGAGCUACCGUGAGCUAGAGGUCUUUUCAGUGCUUAGACGCGGAACGCUGCCGGAUCGAUCUGAUCCUUACUCGCUAAUGUUCAUAUGA